CAACAAUCCUUUAGAGAGAGAGAGAGAGAGAGAGAGAGAGAGAGAGAGAAGAUGAAGACGAGCUAUGGAUCUGUCUCUGCUUCUUCUCUGAUUGAUUCUGUGUUUGUGAUCUCAAUCUUCCUAAUUUCGAUCGUCUCAGGCAACAAAUCCAGUUCUUUGAUCACGUGCUUCGGAGAUUGUUCCAGUAAUUCGGAAUCCAGAGUGGCGAUUAUGGAGUUACGAACCAAGGUUAAUGAAUCACGAGCUCAAGCUGUACUUCUCUCUGAUCGAUCAUCCUCUGCUGUUGCUGCUGCUGCUGCUACUACUACUACCAGUUCUUCCCUCAACCCUCGUUUGAGAAACUUAAACGUAAUUAGAGAAGAAUACAGAGGGCUGGAGCUAGGGCUAGCGCGAGCAAGAGCUUCCAUUCGGAUGGCGGCUUCUAGUCGAAACCUGUCGUUAGACGUCCACGACCGCGACGUACUCACUGGCCGCAUCUACCGUAACCCUGGCGCAUUUUAUCAGAGUUAUAUGGAGAUGGAGAAAAUAUUCAAGGUAUACGUGUACGAAGAAGGGGACCCACCCAUGGUCCACGACGGGCCCUGCAAGAACAAAUACACAUCGGAAGGGAGAUUCAUACAGGAGAUGGAGCAAGCUGGGAAGAAGAAGAAGAGUGGGUUCCGGACAUGGGAUGCGCACCGUGCGCACGUUUACUUCCUGCCCUUCAGUGUCACCUGGAUGGUCAAGUACCUGUACAAGCCUCUGUCUUACGACCGCAGAUCGCUCCAAGAGUUUGUGGGGGAUUAUGUGAGAGUGGUAUCCACCAAAUACCCUUUUUGGAAUCGGACCCAUGGGGCUGACCACUUCAUGCUCUCUUGUCAUGAUUGGGGCCCACAUGCCUCGAGAGGCCAUGCCCAACUCUACAACACAUCCAUCCGAGUCCUAUGCAAUGCCAACUCCUCCGAAGGCUUCAACCCACAGAAAGACGUCACCCUCCCCGAAAUCCACCUCUACAGCGGCGACAUCGACCCCAAACUCCUCUCCCCGCCGCCGCAUCCCGCCGCUCCCCGGCCCCACCUUGCCUUCUUCGCCGGUGGGGCCCGCGGCCCCAUCCGUUCCUCCGUCCUCCGCCACUGGAAAGACCUCGACACCGAUAUACGCGUCUACGAAUACCUACCCGAAAACCUGGACUACUACACGCUUAUGCUCGAGUCCAAGUUUUGUUUGUGUCCCAGCGGGUAUGAAGUGGCUACCCCUAGAACAGUUGAGGCCAUUUACGCUGAAUGCAUCCCGGUGAUACUGUCCGAAAACUACGUGCUGCCGUUUAGUGAUGUGUUGAGGUGGGAGGAGUUUUCCGUUGCGGUCGAGGUUUCGGAUAUUGGGAGAUUGAAGGAGAUUUUGAUGGGUGUGGGAGAGGAGAAGUACUUGAGGUUGAAGGAGGGUUUAAGGGCUGUGAGGAGGCAUUUUGUGUUGAACCAACCGGCUCAGAGAUUUGAUGCGUUUCAUAUGGUUUUGCACUCUGUUUGGCUUAGGAGAUUGAACUUGAAACUUUGACUAGGUGAUGUAGUGUUCAUGAAUUUAUCAAAGCAAAGUACAUGAUUUUUUGUUGGCUUAUCUACGUUUUUGGUCUCUACAAACAUAUUUCGGUUUCAAGUUCGUCCUCCUAAAAUUUUUGGAAUUUUACCUUUGUAGUUUCUAGCUAAUCUCAAUGUUACCCUUCCGUUAGAAACUUGAAUGAAAAAUGCCUAAGUGGCAAACGGUUCGGUGAUGUGGCACCCUCUUAAAUUACUCAAAGCGAUUUGUGUGGAGAUAUUGGAUCACAUCUUCAGCAAUGUUUGCGAGCUAGAUUUGGUAUUUAAUUUUGACAAGGUUUGUUCCUAUC